UAUUGCCGCGCGGAAAGUGAAGAACAUCGCCGGGAUGACCGCGGUGGUAGAUAGUGACAGCAACCUGGAAGAAGUGCGACGGAUGAGGCGACAUUCCACGACGCAACAUGGUGGCGCUGGUCAGUUUUUGCAUCACCGUUUGCAGAAGCAGCCCACCUUUUUCCAUCUCAACUCAUCGACAAAGUCGCGCUCGAAAUCGAUGGACGAUUUCACGACCGGCGGUUUCUUGUUCGAGAAUGGAUACAACAAGUACCGGCCUCGAAACGGCGUUAAGCUGAACAACGGCAGCAGUCUGAACGGUAGUCAUAGUAUAAGCAACAACAUGAUCAACAAUAGCAAUAACAACAACAGUUCCAGUAGCCCCAGCCACUCGGGAAUCCACGCCAAUGGGCUGCGGCACUAUAAUAAUAACUUCGCGAGCAACAAUCUGAACGGUGUCCAUAGCUAUGGUGACCACUUGAAUGGUGGCGGCGUUACCGGAGGGAAGUUCUUGUCCAUGAAGAACCAUUCGGUGGACAAUUUGCUAGAUGUUGAAACCAACUACGAGAGCUAUUACCAG